AUGCUCCAAAGAAUCCUCGACCCAAUGGUCAACCUUCGCACCCAGAAGCGCCUUGCUGCGUCCGUUGUUGGCUGCGGCAAGCGCAAGAUCUGGCUUGAUCCUAAUGAAGUAAAUGAGAUCUCCAACGCCAAUUCCCGUCAGACCAUCCGAAAAUUGGUUAGCGAUGGCCUUAUCAUUCGCAAGCCGGUUGCUGUUCACUCCCGAGCCCGAGCCCGAGAAUUGAAUGCAGCUCGACGGAUUGGCAGACACCGUGGCUUCGGUAAGAGAAAGGGUACCAAAGACGCAAGAAUGCCCAGCCAAGUCCUAUGGAUGAGACGCCUCCGAGUUCUCCGACGCCUUCUUGUCAAGUACCGUGCUGCAGGAAAAAUCGACAAACAUCUCUACCACGAACUCUAUCAGCUCAGCAAGGGAAACACAUUCAAGCACAAGCGCGCACUCGUCGAGCAUAUCCACAAAGCUAAGGCUGAGAAGCAACGUGAGAGAGUCCUGAAGGAAGAAAUGGACGGCCGACGUGCUAAGACCAAGGCUGCUCGUGAACGAAGACGGGAACGCCAGCAGACAAAGCAGAAACAGCUGGCUGGUGAGGACGAAGAAGAGACCAAGGAGUAG